AUGCUUAUGGACAACACGACGAAGGAUAUUCAUAGGCAGGUCCAAAUCGAACAUGAUGAGAAGUUGGCGCUCGAGAUGGCCCGCGAGCUUGAACAGCUUCAAGCUGAGGCCUAUGAGCUCGAGCAGAUGAAGGUUCUGCAGGAUCUUGAAAUGGAAGAAAGUCAGCUUGAGAGCUUACUUCAGCAACAAAGGGCCCUGAAACUAAAAGAUGCAGCUGUUUCAGCAGGACUCCUCGCUGCAGCAGGCGGCACCGAAGUUUGCAUCCCCAGAAGCACAGAAGUCGCAGUCCCGAAAAGCACUUAUGAUCACGAAGUUGCAGCCCCCAACAGCACCGAAGUCGCAGCCCCGGAAAGCGCCAAAGUUGCACCCCCCAGAAGCACCAAAGUCGCAGCCCCGGAAAGCACCACCGAAGUUGCACCCCCCAGAAGCACCGAAGUCGCAGCCCCGGAAAGCACCACCGAAGUUGCACCCCCUAGAAGCUCCGAAGUCACAGCCCCGGAAAGCACAGAAGUUGCAGCCUGCAGAAGCACCAAAGUCAAAGCCCCGGAAAGCACAGAAGUUGCAGCCCACAGAAGCACCGAAGUCAAAGCCCCGGAAAGCUCCGAAGUUGCAGCCCCCAAAGUCAAAGCCACGAUGCCGGUGUCGGUGAGCAUGGAUGAUAUGGAGACUCAGCCGAUGCUCGUGGAUGGUAUCGUUCCCCUAGUUGCACCGUGCCCGGUGAUUCCCUUGCCUGCCAUCAGCCCAGCCGAGCAGACCACAAAGUCAGGUGCAGCAUGCAGCAGUGGAGGGAAAACAAAGGGCCGGGGGCGGGGCCGUGGCCGUGGGAGAGGAGGGAAGGGAAGGGGCCGUGGACGCGCAAGCACGCAGCCUGUGCACUCGCCAAGAAGUGCUUCCACCAAGCGAGCUGCAGAGCAGGAUGAGCCAAAGAAGGAAAGCAAAGCAGAGGAGGCAGCACCGACGGCCAAAGCACGAGCAAAAGCGAAGUCCAAGGCAAAAGCCAAAGCAUCACCGAAAGCCGCCACGAAAACCGCCAAAGGCAAAGGUGCAAGCAAGGAUGAGGAGCAGGAGGUGCCAAAGGAAGGCCCCAAAAAGCAACGAUUGUCAGAGGAGGACAAGAAGCGCAAGUCACGCAAAAGUGUGGCAUACCACCGGGCCAAGACCGAAGCGAUGAGGAGCGGAGCAACAGUCGAGGAGGCCAUUGCAGCUGCCAAAGCCGCAUCUAAGAUGAAAUGUUAG